ACGGGCGCCAACAGCUGGAUGUCGAUCCGAGUAGAUCACAUAAUACUUGAGUUUAUAAUUGCAUUCAGCAGGGCACGCGUACGUGUCAUUUGUGAUGAUAUUUGUUGGGUAUUUGGAGUAGAGUUCGUUGCACUUUAUAAUGGCUUAUUUGCCAGACAAAUUGGGUUAGCACAUGCACAGCCAAUGAGUAUCCGUGUCGUCGAUUUGUGUCAACAUGGAGUACAAUUAAAAUCAAUAACUCUGAGUCCUGGCAUUAUCCUGCGGGAGACUUUAGCUGGACAGUCGCGUUUUGUCGGGCAAGGCAUUAAGUUGACCAUCAUGGAUUUGGCGAGCAAAUUAAUAUUAUGGAUAAUUCCAAUGUUUGUCUUGGGAUUUCUGUUAACGUUGAGUGAGGCGUAUUUACAGAGUGUUCGCGUUGAGGAGAUACCCUUUAGACAGAUGUCUCAGCGGCCAGUUGGUCUGCUAGCCAGGAAUCUAACCAAUAACAGGCGAUCCAGUGGCAUUCACUUAAUCUCCAGUCUGGAACAUCAACGUGCAUUUCUGAAUAUAUUUCAGGUGCCCUAUAUCAUUUGUUAUUUUGCCGCCAAGGGAAGGUGGCCCUAUAUGCCGGGUUUUAUGAAAUCGCGUGUUAAUAGCGCCGCGAAAAGUUUUUUUAAGCAGAAUGAUAGCUAUAUUCAGCAAUUCUGCACCAAGUGGUUUGAGGUCAACGAAUGUUAUAGACCGAAUUAUGAUAAAAGCACCAAUUCGUUUGUGGAAACUCUGGAUUCUCAGAAACAAGUUCAAAACUGCAACUGCGAUAAGGUCACUAAUGAUCCGGUUAUCUACUUUGACAAGAAUUAUAUAGGCAAUGUCAGCUCUGAGACUAUUUUAACAACCAUCGACUUUCUGGAAAGCUUUCUUCCACCGCCCACCAAGAAGCAAAAGAAUAAAAAAAAUCGAGUGCGUGGACGAGUUGAUGAAAUUGAUAUUGAUUAGAACACACAUAUAUAUCAAUUCUAGUAUUUAAUAUUAAUUAUUGCACUCCGAUCUUUAUA